CUUCCUCUAAACAACAUCAUCCGCGUUUCCUUGUUAAGAACUAGCUAGUGGCUAAAGAUUUAUGCUGAGUGAUUAAGGCAACAGACGUUUACCAAUUAUUUUACUGCUUAACUAAACCAGACAUUUAGCGGGCUAGAAGCUUGGCUCAACAGCCGAAAAGACGCGGUGCCUUGCUUAGUCUAAAGUCAAGAGUAAUUCACAUUGUUGUCGGAAUGUCGUUGACCGGCCAGGAUAGCUAGCUAGCUUCUAAGCUGGCUAGAAGGGAGCAGGCAGGCGGCACAACUGCCUUGACGAAAGAGCUGUCAAGAGGAGGAAAUAUCAACAGCUACAUAGUUAGCUUAGCUAUAUGACAGAAACGCACUUUUGAGAUUUCUCCGCGGAUAUUCUCGCUGUUCCAUGAAAAGACUGAUGGUGACUAGUACAAGCUAACCAAAUACUGUGUACAUCACCUCUCUGGGGGAUGUUUAACGUUAGGGUUUCGUUGAUUCAGCAUCUGUUGUUACUACAUGUUGUACUAGCUUCCUAGCCAAUUAACAGUUAUGUUUACGUUAUUACUGUGACAGCCACGACGAUAUAGAAAUGUCCUAAUUAUUUGGUAGUCUACUCAGAAAGCAAAACAAUACUUCAGCUUGCGGGUAUAGCUACGCAUUUGUGUUUACUAAAUAAAAAACACAUCAAGUAAUUGUUAAGGGACAUCUUGUUUUGAUAUCGUCAUUCUUAGUAGAAAUAGUAGUGUGAAAGACAACGAGCAUUAGCGGUACUGUAAGCUUAUGUAAAUCCUGACUUGCAGCUAUUGAAGCUUUGCCAACGUGUCACAAGUUGCAGUACUAGAUCCGGGUGCCGUGUGUGUCAAGAGUGGUUGUGAAGCAAAAAGGUGUGACCAGCAGGUGAAUAAGCAUCUGAGACCUUGAGACUGAGUUAUAGAAAGUAAUUGGCAGUUCGAUAAGACGGAUCGCGGAUAUCAUUUUCUAUCAUAGCUACGGCAUUUUUGAAAACUUUCAAAAGGAUACCUUGUUUACUUUGUUUAGUUACCAUAGGUGGUGUAUAAAUGGGCAUCAGUAAGGUGAUUAUUAACUUUGUUGUAGGCCUAAUAAACAGCCCAAUGUGGUGCUUGGAUGUGGAAACAUUCAAUAACCAAUGGACCAGACAGAAACUUGGCCUUAAAUCUCCCAUAGUUCAGAAUAUGUACACAUGAGAUCGCAGUGUGUUCAUCGGUAAGAGAAUACUGCUGGUGUGUAGACUUUUAUAAUUGGGAUGAUAGGUUACAGGUGUAAUUGACUGAGAGGGCUAGGUUGUAGCUUUGUGGAUGAUGUUGUGGUUUCGCCCUGCAACUAUGUCUACCCUAUUGUUGCCUUUGCUGCUAUUGCUGAGCAUUGUAUUCAUGCUGGGACAAUGUAUGUCACGAGAAGAGAAGGUCAAGCUAAGGAACCAAGUAGUUGAGAUGUUCGACCAUGCUUAUUCAAAUUAUAUGGACCAUGCAUACCCAGCGGAUGAGCUGAUGCCUUUGACGUGUCGUGGAAGGGUGCGUGGGCUAGAGCCCAGUCGAGGAGACGUGGAUGACGCACUGGGGAAGUUCUCUCUCACCCUCAUCGACACCCUGGACACUCUAGUGCUCUUAAACAAGACAACCGAGUUUGAAGCCGCGGUGAGAAGAGUGUUGCGAGAUGUGCGACUGGACAAUGACAUUGUGGUGUCUGUCUUUGAGACCAACAUCCGUGUGCUGGGAGGGCUGCUCGGGGGCCACUCCAUGGCUGUCAUGCUGAAGGAUGGGGGGCAUCACAUGCAGUGGUACCAAGAUGAGCUGCUCCACAUGGCCAAAGACCUCGGUCUCAGACUCCUGCCAGCCUUCAACACCAGCAGUGGCCUACCCUUUCCCAGGGUGAACUUGAAGUAUGGCGUCAGGGGUCCUCUGUCUCGGACAGGCACAGAGACGGAUACCUGCACAGCUUGUGCUGGCACCAUUAUCCUGGAGUUUGCUGCUUUGAGUCGCUUCACUGGGGACCCAGUGUUUGAGGUCCAUGCACGAAGAGCACUCGACUUCCUUUGGGAGAAGAGACAGAGGAACAGCAACCUGGUGGGAACAACCAUUAACAUCCACUCCGGAGAGUGGGUCCGCAGGGACAGCGGCGUGGGAGCAGGGAUCGACUCAUAUUAUGAGUACCUUCUGAAGGCCUACAUUCUCCUGGGGGAUGACCUCUUUCUGCAGCGCUUCAACAUUCACUAUGCAUCUAUAAUGAAGUACAUCAGCCAGCCUCCUCUCCUGCUAGAUGUUCACAUCCACAAGCCACUUUUGCCUGCCCGCACCUGGAUGGACUCCCUCCUGGCCUUCUUCCCCGGGCUGCAGGUGUUGAAGGGAGAUAUUCGGCCAGCCAUUGAAACUCAUGAGAUGCUGUAUCAAGUCACUAAGAAACACAACUUCCUCCCAGAAGCGUUCACUACGGAUUUCAGGGUGCACUGGGCUCAGCAUCCACUGAGACCCGAGUUUGCAGAGAGCACCUACUUCCUGUUCAAGGCCACCAGAGAUCCAUAUUACCUUGAGGUCGGCCGGACAGUAUUGGACAACCUGAACCGCUUUGCCCGGGUCCCCUGCGGCUUUGCUGCCAUGAAGGACGUCCGCACAGGGAGCCACGAGGACCGAAUGGAUUCCUUCUUCCUGGCGGAGAUGUUCAAGUACCUGUUCCUGCUGUUUGCAGAGGAGGAAGAUCUUCCUUUUAAUGUUGAGGACUAUAUAUUCACCACCGAGGCUCACCUCCUGCCCCUGUCCCUUUCCACUGCCCCUCGCACCCCCACACAUCCCGCCAACGCCACAGCACCAUCGCUGCCACAUCUCUCCACCUCUGUCAGAUCUCUUUGGUCACAGGAAGAACUGGAUGACUCCAACUUUGAUUGGACCUGCCCUAACACACGCCUCCUUUUCCCCGACCCCGCCUUCCCACGGAACCUCCGAGACCCAAUCAGGAGUGCUGUGGACAAGAGCUGUCCGCGCCCAACAAUUCAACGCGAGCCAGGGAUGGGUGGCCCCCCUCUGAGGGCUCAGGAUUUCAUGGCCAACAACCCAGAGCACCUGGAGCUGCUGAGAAGGAUGGGCGUUACCCUUAUACACCUGAAGGAUGGCAGAGUUCAGCUGGUCCAACAUGCUGCACAGGCGGUCAGUGCCGUGGCAGCAGAGGAUGGGAUGCGCUUCAUGCAGGAAAUGAUGGAGCUGUCCAGCCAGCAACAGAAGGAGCAGCUCCCUCCACGCGCUGUCCAGAUAGUCUCCCACCCCUUCUUCGGCCGAGUGGUGUUGACUGCUGGCCCAGCACAGUUUGGCACAGACCUUUCCAAGAGCAUCACAGGGGUGCGUGGGUUUGUGACUGUGGCUGAACCUUACAGUGGCUGUGCGGAGCUGGGAAACGCUGCCUUUGUACAGGGCCGCAUCGCUCUAAUGCAGCGGGGCCAGUGUAUGUUUGCUGAGAAGGCCAGACACAUCAUGAAAGCUGGGGCCAUCGGAGGCAUCGUCAUCGAUGACAAUGAGGGCAGCAGUAGUGACACUGCUCCCCUCUUCCAGAUGGCUGGUGACGGCCGCAACACGGACGAUGUCACGUUGCCCCUCCUCUUCCUGUUCUACAAGGAGGGCAACAUCCUGUUAGAGGCUCUGAAGGAGUACAGGGAGGUGGAGGUGUUGCUGAGUGACAAGGCCAGAGACAGAGCUUCCAUAUUCAAAGGUAAACCUCUCCCUGGCAUCCUGCUGGAGAGCAGUAGCGACACUCAAGAGGAAGAGGACUGUUCAACUGACCAAACUUCACCUGCCCCUGACGCAGCCCUUGACCAGUCACACGUGAGCCCCAUGGACGAAUCGGCACCUAACAAUAAGGCAGUGACUCCUGAAGAGGAUGCAGGACCUGCCAUUAAGCAGAACCGUGAGCCAGAGAUGGAGUCCGCAGAGGACAAGGACUCGAGCAGCAAAUCAGUGGAAUCCAUGAUGGCUGAUUGGCAGGAGGAUUUGGAGGCAUUCCAACAGAUGGAGAAGGAUGAGCUUUGACUGCCUUCACAGCCACUCCCACUCCCACACACACACACACACACACACACACACACACACACACACACACACACACACACACACACACACACUCAUUGUAGUCUCUCUCAGCCACAGUACAGAGACUAUCCCUCCUAAGGAGAGUCAAGAGGGGAGACAUUUUGGAACGGUUACCAGGGUGGAAUACAGUUUCUCUCUCUUCACCUGUCUCUAAUUUCUCAGGUGUCAACAUGCCAGCUGAUCCUCUGGCGCUCAUCUCCCCGUCGUAUCUUUUCAGCCAGUGGCUAACAAAAAAAUAGACUCCAGCCCAGAUGGCUAUCUAUUGGCAGAUGGGACGUCUCAGCUCUCAACUUACUUUUUUCUGAUCUUGUCUUAUUUUUCACAUAUUGUCUUCCUCAAAAUGCGUUUCUAAAUCACUGACAUAGGAGAGCAUAUUCCAAAUGCUGGUUUACUAAUAAUAAUCCACUGACUGACUGAGAAGGUUUUUUUUUUUAACUGUGCUGAUUUACUGAUAAUUUGAUGGAACAUUUACUAUUGUCUUUUCAUGGCCUAAUUUCUGGGGUCAAUAAUAAACUACCUGACCUAGAGACUGCAGUGAGUUGCAGUCUAUAAAAGGAGAGUGCUGGGCAUCACUUGGCACUGGCAAUCUCCAGGAAUAUAUGAAGUUAUGUGACUGUAAAUAUGUAUUUGUCAGUUAAUUACAAAAUAGUUUGAAAACAGUGCUGCUUUGCUCAGGUUCUGGUCAGUAUGACAUACGCCCCUCUGAUCCGCAUGGGAUAAACUUUCCCAAACCAUACCCUAUGCUCUUGUCAUGGGGACGUGUGGGCAGACAUUACCAUCGGUUGGCCAGCAGAGGGGAUCCUUGUCUGAGGCAUCUACUGUUCUGGAACUUGCCAGCGGACUGGAAGGACAAGCUAACAAAAAGCCAAAAACGUAAUGAACUUUAAUAAAAUUGCUAAAUACAUGGAAAA